AUGUCUUCUUUUCUCCUAUUCUUCCUUCUACUGGUCGCUUCCGCUUCAGCCGGAGUUUUGUACUCUCGGAAUGCUGAUGGAUCAUUCAGCAUGUCAUCAGGAUUAGAUAACAUGUCGAAUGAAAAUCUGGCAACGUUGAAUAAUGGAAACUCUGACACUGUGGACGACAGGAUCGUACAUGAAACCAUUCAACUUGGUGACCCCGACAUAUCUGUCGUUGAGAAAGCUCUCGUCAAAGAUGUCGUCCGUAUCAUAAUGAAGAAUGAUGAAUACAUGAUUCUCCUCAAUCACCCUACCUUCCCGGAAAUCGUGACAAUGGUCAGAUCUAUGUUGAGAGAGCCGAUCCAAGAAGUCAUUCAACAUCAACUCUGGAGCAAAGUUCUGGCGAUUCGUGAAUACUACGACAACGUCUUCAAGCCAUUUAAUGAUCCAGAAGCCAAGACAACAGCAAUGGAGUUUUUGAACCAUUUGAAGAAGUCAUCGGAAGAUCACAAACUGGCGGUCACUGAUACUGUGGAGUUGGGUAAAAGAGUGAAGGAGUUGGCAUUUUUGCUCCAAGAAGAGGAAUUCGAUCAAAAAUUGAGUGAACUGGAGGGGACGUUGGAUGAUUCGAAACAUGAAUACAAACGAAGGCAUCAUGUCAGAAAGAAUGCUGUCGAUGUGGAGCCGAAAUUCGCAAAAUUCCCUCCACCAACAGUUCUUCCACCUACAACACUUGCAACACCACGAUCCAAUGAUUUUAGAAUGAUGGAGAUGAACAACGACCACUCGAAUGGUGUGAUGAAACCAGUGGUGAGGAAGAUGAACAACGGUGACGAGAAUGAGCCGCGAUACAUGGUGGAGAACAAUGAUAAUUCGGAGGUCGAGAAGAAGAUCAACGGUAUUCUGGAUGGUAUUUUGGAGCCGAAGCUGAACAUAACAAACAACAAGAAAUCGAAGAAUGGAAAUGAGGGUAUGAACAAAGAUAACGCUGGUGUGAUGAAAGUUGGGAACUUGAUUGGCAAUACAGUGAAAGUGUCACAGAACAGUAGCGAAGAAGUGGCUCCAACAACAUCUGCGCCACGACGUAAUGUUUUUGGAAUGACGGAGAUGAACAACGACAACUCGGUUGGUCCGAUCAAGCCGGUGCUAAACCAGAUGAACAAUGGUAACGCGAAUGGUGCCAUGAACCCAAAGUUCAACAACGUGGAGAACGAAAAGAUGAAGAGUGGAAAUAUGAAUGACAGUACUCGGAAAAUUUCAAAUACCAGCAACGAAGAACUCCCUCUCAUUUCUGCCAACCACAUGAACCCUCCUCAGCACGGUUUUGCAGAGAAGGAUGAAAUUGAUCCAGGAAAUGAUUACUAA